CCCCACAUGCACGGGGAGAUCAACAUAAUGCAGUCUGUGGCUGUUCCAUCAGUCACCAUCCCCCCUCCUGCACCACCGCUCAACACACAGCUGCCUCAGGGUCUCAGACCAAGGUUCAAACCAUUCGGCUGGAGAGAACCUAAGCCAGUAAAUGGACAUGUCAGCACACAGAGAAGAGAUUCUGGUCACUAUGACAAGAAGAAGAGGAAGAAAAGAAAACAUGACGUUGAAGAUGUGGAGGAAGUCGAUUCUUCAAAAAAGAAGAAGACAGAAGAAGAUUCAGAGGCCAAAACUGAUAGACUUGUUGGUAGUACCGGAGACACAAGCACUUCAACAGAGCUGGAAGAGAGGUCACACAAGAAGAAGAAAAAGAAGAAGGAAAAGUGCAAAGAAGAAGUUGAAGCAAAUGUAGCAGAAGACAUAUCAGAAACUCCUGAUUCGAAGGAGAAGAAAAAGAAGAAAGACAAACACAAGGAAAGUGGGGAUGAUGAGCAGACAAUGGUUGCUGAGGAAGUAGAAGAAACUAAGGCACACAAAAAGAAGAAGAAGAAAAAGAAGAAAGAAGAGGAAGAAAACUAAACUGAUCAAAUGAAAAAUGAACUUGUGGAAAAUAAUGUACUUUUACAAGAGUAACUGAUUGAAGUAUGAAAAUGAUUCUGCUUCUCCAAACUGAAAACCACACAUAUAAAAAUAUGGCAAACAAUGAAUUGAUUUAUGACAGUUACAGUGCAGGGGAUCCGGAUUUUGUGAUAUUAUGUCAUACUGUAUAUACAUGCGGUAUAUACCGGAUACAUGAAGAUUUAUAUAUCAUAUUGUGUAGGCCUCAUGAAAUAGUAUGGCAAGCAUUCUCUAUCUGGUUUGUAGCAUUCAAUACACGUAUUAGACUUUAGAAAGUGUAACUGUAAGUUGUUAGUAAUGGUGUUUGCCAACUGUACAUUGUAAUAUGUUACUGUGCCUUACUUUUAAGUUUUUUUGGACAUGUAGUUAAACAACCAGUAAUAUAAAACAUAAUUGUCUUCGAUGCACAGAAAAUAUUUAAUGUUAAAUAAUCUGUGUACCUAAAAAAAAUCAAGUUUCCCACAUGGGUCAUCUUCAGUAGCUUGUUCAGCAACUUUGAUUUAUAGAGAACAUAGAAGUACGUUGUCAAGUAGCUUUACCUGUUUUAGAAUGUUGGUAACAAAUUGAAUGACACAGAUCGAUUAUCAUUAGAAUAAUGCAAAGAGAUUAACAAAGUUUUACAACAGUGAA